UCAACCCUGCUCAAAUCCAUUCCCAGUUUGUAGUUCAAGUUUUUUUGCUGAACCUUGCGUGGAUUCGUUGACUUGGCAACUGGUGACCCGAUCCUGGCCAAGCAGACGUCGGUGAACCGCGAUGAAUCGUCACGAGGGAAUCGUGUGCAAGGGCUGCGCCAAGGAGUCCUUCAUGGGCAGGUGCUAUCGCUGCCUCAGCUGCCGGCAGUUUGACAUGUGUGCGGAUUGCUACCGCAACGACUUCGUGACCGCCGAUCAUCCUUUCGAUCAUCCGGUCAUGUGCAUCUACACGCCGGCGGACGUGGAGCUCUACUUUGGUGGCGAGUACAUCAGCAGCGAUCCGCCGCAGAGCUACCGCUGUCCGUACUGCAAGCGGUGGGGCUUCAAUGAGUCCACCUUCCUGGAGCACGUCUCGUCCAGCCAUCCCAAUGCCAAUCCGCAGCUUGUCACCACCAUGGUCACCCUCUUCGAGCAGCAGCAGGCGGCCCGCCUCUUCCUGGAGGACGAGCAGUUGGCCUCGCUUUUGGCCUCCGCCACGUCGCGCAACGAGCAGAUGCGCCGCACGGUGGGCUCCCUGGAUCUCUAUCUGGUGCCCCUGAAUCCGGAUGGCAGCUACCGCAAGGCGGAGGGCAAAAAGGAAAAUGCCGCGGCCUCCAAGUGCCGGGAGAUGGUGGCCAGGGAGCGCAUCUUCCGCGUGACCCGACGCAGUGGCGGCCCAACGGGCAGAUCCAGCGCAUCUAGCCGGGCUCUGCCUGCCCCAGCCUCGGGCAGCAACUCGACCAAUGACACCUCCCUGGACCUGGAAGACGAUAUCAUAGCCAUCGCCACGAAUCCCCGCCUGAAUUGGAUGCAGCGCAAUGUGGCGGCGGCCGAGAGACUGCACUUUGCCAUCUCGGAGACCGACAAUAGCACUGGUGCACCUACAGCUGCUCCGACAGCCAUCGUCUCUCAUCCUUCGCUCACCGAGAUGAUGCGCUUCUAUGGCGGCAUGCCGCAGGAGCAGCCCGCCACCCGACUCAUCCGCUCCAGGCCAGCGAACCCGGCUCCACAAGCGGCGAAUACCGGAAGCAACAGUAACCGAACUAUACAAGUCUAUGGACCCACUUCAGCUUUUACCCAGGCGCAGCAAAAUGCCCGUUCCCUGUACUUGGCCCAGGAAUUGUUUUCGCGCGACGAGCGGCGUCGCUCGGCCAGGAUGCCCACGUUCCAGGGCAACAAUGCCGGAGGACUCCAGCGCCUGGGGAUCAACUCGCGUGCCUUGACCGCUCGCAACGUGGACUUCAGUGAACUGCCGCCGGAGGAGAGCGAUGUGGCCAACCUCAACGCCGCCUCGGUGGAGAACUUCUUGCGCUGCCUCAGGGGAGAGGAGCCGGCCAAGGUGAUCAAGCAGCGGGAACAGGAGCGCCGACGCUUUCUGUGCUAUCGCUUCCUAAUGCCCAGGAUCUCGAGGCGUCCGCAGGAAAACUUUCUCCUGCUACGCGCCGAAUUCGUGUCGCAACUGCUGUCCUCCGCCUUGUUCGAGGAGGAUUUCCAGCGAGUGUCCAUAGGAAGCAUGGCCCCAAAACGGAAGAUUCUAACGGGCAGUAGAAUCGCCGGCGCCGGCGAUGCUGAGAAGAAUUCUCCUCCUGCUUGAUUUAUUCAGAUCAGUUUUCUGUACGAUUUGUAACCUUUUUGUAUCGGUUAAAUUUUCUGUUCAUAUCGAGAGAACUUUUGGUGACUUUGCCUUUAAGCGCCAGUAAAUUAAUUGUAUUUUU